GCAGUUUGAAGUGGCAGAGAAAAGAAAAAGAAAAAAGGAGUUUUGUUUUUAAUCGCGUUGAUGUGUUGUUGAUAUUUGCUUUCAUCGUGCGAUUUCCGGCGGGUGUGUAAAUACGGUGGGUGCUUACAUAAAAAAGUACGACCGGGUUGGGCUGGUGAACGGAAGCGGACAUCUUCGAACCAGGCACGACGUGAACCUUCCGGCUGACCUUGAACUCGACUCAACCACCCGUGUGUGUGUCGGUAUCAUUUAGAUCGCGAGCGUAGACAGAACGCACCUCACCCCCCGGUUAGCAAGGAUGGCCACGAUGGGACGCAAAUUGUUGAACAACCUGAAAAGCAAAGAGUUCCGGGAGUAUCUGAUGAGCACUCACUUCUGGGGUCCGGUCGCGAACUGGGGCAUCCCUAUUGCGGCGCUCGGUGAUCUGAAGAAAGAUCCUAAGAUUAUUUCCGGCACGAUGACUGGCGCUCUCUGUCUCUACUCGAUGGUUUUUAUGCGCUUCGCCUGGAAGGUGCAGCCGAGAAACUUGCUGCUUUUUGCGUGUCACAUUACUAACACUACCGCGCAAGCUUUGCAGGGCGCUCGGUUCAUCGAGUACCACCAUAUGGGUGGCAAGGAGCGGAUGGAGAAAGCGCAAGCUCAACCAGCAGCCUAAUGCGAACGCACGCUCAAUGCAAACAUACUAACGAACAUCACAACCGAACGCCACUCGAAUUGGGAAUGUGUGUGUUUGAAGGAAGGGGAGAGAGCGGCAGAGAAAGAGAAAGUGUGAUCGUGAAACGAAUCAAACCGAUAUUAGUCUUCUUGGGUGAAAGUGUGUAUGCAACAGUUAACAACAGCAAGUCCUUUACAGCAGCAAAACAAAAUGCACAAAAAAGCAAAGAAUCUUUGAACAAACUGUUCAUCCUACGAUGCGAAACGCCAGCUAGUAGAGAUGGAAAGAUGCUACACUUAUGGUGCUAAAAUGGGGAGAACCAAUCUUACGGCACGAUCGGUAAGAUAGAAUAGAACACUAUACGGGAACAAUGGUACCUGGCGGGAAUAUAUAUAUAAAUAACCAAACGACAUAGGAAAUACAGGUAGAUAAGGGACAGGCCAGUAAGAGACGAUGACACUCCUUUACAACGGCUCUUAUGCGAACAAAAGCCACUGACUCUUCUUCAGUGGUGGGUAGAUGCUUUUUUAUAGAAUAGGUAAAUUUUUAGACACAUUUUGCAAGCAACUUUUACGCACGCAACACAUUUUUAGGCGCACGUUUAACGUUUACAAUCGAAUAAUGUUCGUACGGUAGUAACUAAUUAGUACAGCAAGCAAAGCCGGUAGUAGUCUGUAGUGGCAAUAGUAGUUCGAAAUUUGCACCACCUUAAUCUGAUAGGACGGCGAAAUCAGCUUCCCUAACAAUCUUCCCGACCAAAACCCGCACACCUUUUACCUUAUUGCCUGUAUCUUUCCGUUUCCCGUUCAAGAGGGCGAAAUGCGAGAUAAAAGACAGAUCUUUCAACCCCCCCCCCCCCCCAGAAAGUAAACCAUUUUUUUUCCAUGCGAAAGUGUAUCCUAGAGAGAGUUUGGCAGGAAUUGGCGUUUAAAAAAACAAAACCAACUACUAAGCACAAGGCUGCUGUGGUGUAAACAUGCUAGUGCAGGACUUAGUUUUCUCAAGGAUUUAACAAACAGACAAAAACUGUGGAAUAAUGUGUUCUAUUUUGAGUAGAAGUUGUGUUUUACCAGUGAACCUGUAAGGUGAAUUUUUAUACCAUGUAAAGCGAUAAAGGAGAUCGAGAGAUCGAGAGCGAGAGAUUCUGUUUAUUUGUUGACAAUAAAGCUCUGAAGUAUGUGCAGUCCGA